GGUGCCCUUUUCGUCUUCCUGCCUCUGUUACUUUGACAAUGGCGGCUCGCGCUGUGGGGUUGUUGGCCAGUUUACCCCUAUGUGCUCAGAGAAGUCAAGUGCUGCGUCCUAUCCACAGGCUUCUCAGUUGCCCAAGAACUGUGGCCGCAGAAAUUAAAAGAGAAGAGCAGUCGUCGGGGAGCGUGGAGACAGGCUCUGAAGGCAGGACUCCCAAAAAGACAUUCUCUGAGGUGCAGAAAGAAAGACGAGAACAGGCACAGCGAACCGUUUUGAUACAUUGUCCAAAUAAAAUCAGUGUAAAAAAGUUUCUAAAAUAUUUAUCCCAACAUGGACCUAUUAAUAAUCAUUUCUUCUAUGAGAGCUUUGGUCUUUAUGCUGUUGUAGAAUUUUGUCAAAAGGAAAGUGUAACUUCACUGCAGAAUGGAACUCGUACUCCAAGUAUGGGCACAGAGGCUGCAAUUCCAUUCAGAUCACGUGUCUUCAAUUUAAAGACGAAGAAUCCGUCAAACCCGACUUCAGAACAGUCACGUGUACAAUGUAGUAUUCAUGCACCUCCUUCUAGCAAGAAGCUUCUUGAGUUACUUUGUUACGCAGAAAGUAUAGAUGAUCAGCUGAACACUCUGCUGAAGGAAUUGCAGUUAACAGAGGAGAACACUAAGCUCCGAUACCUCACCUGUUCUCUUAUUGAAGAUAUAGCAGCUGCGUAUUUCCUGGACUGUACUGUCAGACCCUUUGGCUCUUCGGUGAACAGUUUUGGGAAAUUGGGAUGUGACUUGGACAUGUUUUUGGAUCUGGAUGAAAUUGGAAAAUUCAGCGCCAACAAGACCUCAGGAAAUUUUCUGAUGGAAUUUCAAGUGAAAAAUGUACCUUCAGAAAGAAUUGCAACUCAGAAGAUCCUGUCUGUGAUAGGAGAAUGCCUUGACCACUUUGGCCCUGGUUGUGUGGGUGUACAAAAAAUCUUAAAUGCUCGGUGUCCUCUCGUGAGGUUCUCACACCAGGCCUCUGGAUUUCAAUGUGAUUUGACUACUAACAAUAGGAUUGCCUUGAAAAGUUCUGAACUCCUUUAUAUAUAUGGUGCUCUUGAUUCACGAGUGAGAGCCUUGGUGUUCAGUAUUCGAUGUUGGGCUCGAGCACACUCAUUAACGAGCAGUAUUCCUGGUUCUUGGAUUACAAAUUUCUCUCUUACAAUGAUGGUCAUCUUUUUUCUCCAGAGGAGAUCACCCCCUAUUCUUCCAACACUAGACUCCCUGAAAACCCUAGCAGAUGCAGAAGAUAAAUGUGUAAUAGAAGGCCACAACUGUACCUUUGUUCGUGACUUGAAUAAAAUUAAACCUUCGGGAAACACAGAAACACUAGAAUUACUACUGAAAGAAUUUUUUGAAUAUUUUGGAAAUUUCGCUUUCAAUAAAAAUUCCAUAAAUAUCCGACAGGGAAGGGAACAAAACAAACCUGAAUCUUCUCCGUUACACAUUCAGAAUCCUUUUGAAACUUCUCUCAACAUCAGCAAAAAUGUAAGUCAAAGCCAGCUACAAAAAUUUGUUGAUCUGGCCAGAGAAAGUGCCUGGAUUUUAAAUCAGGAAGAUAAAGAUCGGCCUUCCUCAUCGAGGAGUCAGCCCUGGGGGCUGGCGGCCCUGCUGUUGCCGUCUGUCGUGAACAGCGCGUCUCUCGCCAAGAGGGUAAGGAAGAAGCCCGCAAGUGAAAGAAUUAAAAGCCUGCUGGAAUCCAUAAAAAGUAGCGGUCCAGAAAAUGCCACCAGCACCAACGGGAAAAGAACAGUUAGUACUCAGGCAUGAUGGCUCCUCCUCCAAGAACUGGUUUUCUGCGGUAACAUGCUCCUUGGACUACCUGGAACCACUUUCCCCUGAUCUUCUCAUGGGGCCCCUUUCCGGUCUGAAGUUCUGGGAUGGUUUCAGUCUGAUAAGCCUCCUUUCCACCGGCACUUUGAGCUGUCAGCCACGAGGAACAGGUGGAAGGAGAUCGGAAUGUUCUUUAAAUAAACUGUACAAAGAAAGUGGUAAAAAUCCGGUUUCAGAUCAAACCAUUGUUGAUCUCUAAAUCCGUCUCUGGGUGGAAAUCAUUUAAAAGGACUUCUAGAUAUGUACGUAUGUAGUCAGUGGAUACAAUAAAACUUCCGAAUUUGCUAGUACUGUUUAGUAUGUAUUUUUUAUUUUUUAUUCUUCAAGCAAAGUACUGUACUCUUAUUCACAUAUACAUUAAAACAGGUUGGUAGUGAUUUCCAAAAAUGGUCAUGUUUUUAAGAUAUGAGUGCGGACACUUCAUUCACUGCAUUUGAGCUAUUCCAAGCCAGAUCUGUAAAAAUAUUGGUACAUUGUAUUUUAAAAUAUUAGUCACUUUUGUUUUCAAAAAUAAAACCCUGUUUCUACUA